CGUCGACGUUGAGCUUAAGCAGAAAACACGCCUCUCUCCGACUCUGGAUCUACGGGGUAUUGUCAGAGACAGGUGACACUGUGGUUAAGUACGGUUGUUAGUGCGAAACUAUAUUUUGGAUAACAUUUACUGCCUUAAUAAUGAUACGAAUCCUGUGGAGGCGUGGACAGUGCCUCAUAUCAACACCACAUCAAGCAACUGAACGCAGUCUUCGGCGCUUUUAGCGGUGCGUAACAACUGUUUUUAAGGGCGUCGACGCUUUUCGUGAACUCUCUCUCCUGGUUCACAUAGACUAUAGUCUAUUCGGAAAGAGAAGUUGAAGAGGAGCUGUCCUGUCCCUGUCCUGUCCCCAGGAGCAUCCGUUCACCCGCGAGGGCCGCACUAGAGCGCACCGUGACUCUCCCGCACCGCAGCCAACAUGUUCGAGACGAGGGGGAUCCCCUUUGUGCUUUUAGAUCUAGUCUGUCUGGUCUUGGGGGGUCUGCCUUUGGCAGCCUUUAACCUGGGUAAAGUCCGUCCAUACCAAAGAGGCUUUUUCUGUAAUGAUGACAGCAUUAUGUACCCAUUUCAUGACAGCACUGUCACCUCCACAGUGCUCUACUCUGUGGGCUUCACUCUGCCCAUUAGCUGUAUGAUCAUUGGAGAGUGCCUUUUAGUUUAUCACAAGAAACUCCAGUCCAAAUCCUCCUUCGGCAGCUAUGUUGCAUGUAUUUACAAAGCUGUUGGGACCUUCCUUUUUGGUGCUGCUAUGAGCCAGUCACUGACAGACAUAGCCAAAUAUUCUAUUGGUCGUCUCCGGCCACAUUUUCUGGACAUCUGCCGACCUGACUGGAAACUUAUCAACUGCUCUAUGGGGGCUUACAUUGAAGACUACACCUGCACCGGAGACCCUCAAAAGGUCCAAGAGGGCAGGUUAUCCUUUUACUCUGGCCACUCCUCUUUUUCCAUGUACUGCAUGUUGUUCCUGGCUCUUUAUUUGCAGGCUCGACUUCAGUUUGAGUGGGCACGACUGCUCCGACCUACACUCCAGUUUUUCGUCAUAGCAGCGUCUGUUUAUACAGGACUGUCCAGGGUAUCAGAUUAUAAACACCACUGGAGUGAUGUCCUGACUGGUCUCCUACAGGGGGCGCUCAUGGCUAUCCUAGUGGUCUUUUUUGUCUCAGACUUCUUUAAGCCUGGUUUAGAAAAUAACAAAAAACAUAAAGACAUCCCACACACAACCCUUCAAGAAACAGCAACCAAUGGAAAUCACUUGGAAAGUCCAAACUAAGAUGACGAUGAUAUACCUCUGCUUUGUCCAAGCGCACACCCAAAAUUCCUGCUCUCUGGCCUUGAAGUCGUAUUUUCUCUUUGCAUGGAUUACCCAAGACUCAGCUUCUUCAUUAGUGACUGAGCUUGCUCGUAGAAGCAGAAGUUGGUAAGGAACACUUAUGCAGGAUGCAAUGCCGAUGGCGGAAAGCUUUAACUUAUAAUUUAGUGUAUACUCAACUGCUGCAUUUAUCUGCAUGAUCGCACUGAAGGGUAAAACCACUGCUAAGAGCGAUCUGACUGUGAAUAUACAAAAGUACUAGGGCUUGAACUGUUAUUCACUUUGGCUUCCUUUUCAAAUGCAACUAACCACAUUGAGCCACACUGCUUUUUGAAUGUACAUAUGGUCCCCUGAACACGUUUUGGUUGUAUUUAUUAUAUUUUACAUAACUUUAUUCUUCUCAUGAGGACCCUGCAUACUAUACUCAAAUAUAUGCUAUGUGUAAAUCCAAGUCUUUGAUUGUGAGUAAAACUAUAAUUUGGCUAGUUGGCCAAUGUUGAUAUCAAGCCCCGAGUGUAAUUAUUAUAGCCUUGUUUUUGACGCACAAGUCCACAUGCUCAUAAUGUCUGGAUUUAGCCUACACGUAUUAAGAGUGUUGCCUUAACUUCAAUUGUUGGUUUCAGGUUGUAAUGAGAUGUGCUGAACCAAGGGUUAAACAUGCAUAAAAAUAAUCUAUUGUCCUAACUCAAUGCUACGUUUCUCCAUUACAAGUCUUCAAAUAACAUAAGUACCUUGUAUUAAGACCACUAUUACUUGAAAAUGAUGAUUGAUAAUGACUACAAUUAAUAUGGCUUGGAAAAGGCAUAUUUCGUCAUGAGGUGUCCAGUGUUGCCUUUACAGAAUGUAAAUUGCUGUCAGAACUUCAGGUGUUUCUUAUUAAUACCAAGAAUGUACAUGUAAACAGGCACUUGUAUGUAAUAUGUAUGUGUAAUCUCACCAUACAGACAUUUAUUGAAAUUUUAAAUAUGUACAACAUUUUAACAUAAAAAAUAAAGCCAUCAUCCUUUUUAACGAGUGAACAUCGAAAAA